AUGCCUUCUCAUCAGGGUGAAGAAGAAGAUAAACCUUGUAGAGCUUGUAGCGAUUUUAAAUCGUGGAGUAAAAAGACUAAGGUUAAAAUCCAGACACCAAGUAAACCUGAACCGCCACCAUUGGAAGCUAAAGAAUGUCCUUUAGAUAAGGAAGAAUUAGGCAAAUCCACAUGGGGCUUUCUACACACUAUGGCAUCCUAUUAUCCAGAAAAACCAACUAAAUCUGAAGCUGAAAAAAUGGUUCAAUUCUUUAAUAUUUUCUCCCAAUUCUAUCCAUGUGAGCCUUGUGCAUUAGACUUCCAGGAUGACAUAAAAAAACAUCCACCUAAAACAAAAACCAGAGAAGAGUUAGCAAAAUGGUUGUGUGAUAGACACAAUACAGUCAAUAAGAAGCUCGGCAAGCCUAUGUUCGACUGCAGUAAAGUGCAUGAGCGAUGGAAAGAUGGCUGGCUUGAUGGCUCGUGUGAUUAA